UUUUGCAGAUUACCAAAUAUGUCUACAAAUUUGGUGGACUAUGUCGAUGAUUCGUAUUUGAAUCAAUCAAUGAAUUCAGAAAAUGGAUUGGAUUCAGUCACACAGAUUAUGUAUGAUAUGAAAAAGUACAAUAUAGUGAAUGAUGUUCUACCUCCUCCCAAUCACGAAGAUCUACAUGUUGUAAUAAUGGCAGUUUCAUACCUUCUUUUAUUUUUAUUAGGUACUUGUGGAAAUGUGGCAGUGUUAACUACAAUAUACCAUGUUAUUCGAUCGUCUCGAGCCACGUUGGAUAACACAUUAAUAUAUGUCAUUGUGCUUUCUUGUGUCGACUUCGGAGUUUGUUUGUCACUUCCAAUUACGGUUAUUGAUCAGAUUCUCGGUUUCUGGAUGUUUGGCAAAAUACCAUGUAAACUUCAUGCAGUAUUCGAGAAUUUCGGUAAAAUCCUGAGUGCUCUCAUUCUGACGGCAAUGAGUUUUGAUCGGUACGCCGGAGUUUGCCAUCCACAGCGAAAACGGUUGAGAUCAAGGAAUUUUGCAAUUACUAUACUUUUAGUUCUUGCCGUAUAUGCAUUCAUCACACUCUGCCCGUUAUUAUGGUCUUUUACUGCACGGGAAAUUAUACUUUAUGCGAAGGAAACAGCACCCGGAAUGCUGACAAGAAUGAAAAUUGAGAAAUGCACAGUGGAUAUCGACUCACAAAUGUUCACAGCUUUCACGAUUUAUCAGUUCAUUCUCUGUUAUUGUACUCCAUUGGUUCUCAUCGCCUUUUUCUAUACGAAACUUCUCAGCAAACUCCGUGAACACACAAGGACGUUUAAGAGCUCUCAAAUCCCAUUUUUGCACAUUUCGUUGUACACUCUAGCAGUUGCAUGUUUCUAUUUUUUAUGCUGGACCCCAUUCUGGAUGGCUACAUUAUUCGCAGUUUAUCUCGAAAACUCAGCAAAUUCGAGUAGUGUUCCACCAGUUUUUGUAUAUAUUAUGUAUUUUAUUCAUGCUCUACCGUUCACCAACUCUGCCAUUAAUUGGAUUUUAUACGGUGCACUAAAUGGCCAACUUCAACAAAGAUAUCGAUCAAAUCGUUCAAAUUCUACAAAAAAGACGACAACAACAACAGCUUCAACAGCUUUAUUGGAAAAGAAAAUCACAAAUUUGAAUACUAACUCUAAUUAUCAGGUAAAUGGCUCAAUGAACUCAAUAGCCACUGCAGCUCCAACAAAAACGAUUGGAAAUAAUGAAGUACUUGUUGCCACGUCAACAAUUGAUGAUGAUGUUGCAACUGAUGUUGUAGAUGUUCGACUUUUGAGUAAUCAUAAUCCAACUUUUCUUUGAAAUUUUAAAUAAUAAUUUAAAUUAACGGGUAUUUAUCACACAUUUAAUUUAAAAAGAAAUAUUUAUUUCAUUUUUCUAUGUAAUUUCAAUUUCGUGAUUGCUUCCCCAUUUGUCAGGUUUUGCUAUUUUACAAUAAUUUUUUUUGAAAUAAAGUAUAAAGUGUUUGUGUGAAG